AUGGGGCUGUGGUGCUCUCCUCUCUUCAUCUGUCUCAUUGCCGCUGUGCCCGUACUGGCGGAUAUCUCGGUGCUGCCCUCCAACGACACGCAAGAUCUAGCUUGGUCGAGCUCCGCCCGCUUCCGCUUACAGGGUUCCAGUCCACUCAGCGGCCAGUCCCUCGCCCCGUUGACACACUAUCUCGUCAACUUAUCGUCCAGCCAAGUCCAAGCCUUUAACGUCUCGGGCACCGUCACCGAGGUGACUGCCACCAACUCACUAGACUUAAAUAACAGGGAAAUUGCCUGCAUCCCCUGUGACGACUCGUCCGUCAAUUACCCGGGAGAAUUGGGUGUCGACCAGACCGUCCAGAGUGUGAUCACUGCGGGACAGCCCCCUGCGGCCAUCAUUCUCUAUAGUGCAUCGGCGACUCAUUGCAACUUGUCCACGAAUGAUCAGGCCGAGGCAUAUCGCUACAUCUUCACCUUGACGGGUUCUCGUGCUGUCGCCGCCCUGAACCAGACCUUGACGACGGCUCCCAACCGCACGGUUUCCAUUGUCCCAAUGUCGUACCCAACGGCCACCGGUGUGGACACCAGCCCUGGCGGCCCUGGUGGGAGCCCUAAUACUGCGAUGAUUAUCCUGUACAGCAUCACAGGGAUCAUCACCGCCCUCUUCCUGAGCAUCAUCAUCACCGGCGCCGUCCGCGCCCACCGUCAUCCCGAGCGGUAUGGUCCUCGCCGAGCCGCGGGCCGGCCACGGCAAAGUCGAGCAAGAGGUAUCGCCCAAGCCAUGCUGGACACCAUCCCCGUCGUCAAGUUCGGCGACAACAACGUCGCUGCCGCCAAGCGGGAUGUCGAGAUGGCCAACGCGGCUGAUCCCGCCCGGGAGCAUUCUCCUCCCCGCUCGGAGAGCAUUCCCGACGUUGGGCAGACGACUCCGCACGAAUCCGAACUGCCAACCCCCGAACCACCGGUCGCCGACCCGCCCACUAUGACCGCUGCGACCCAGUCGAAUACGGAUGCUGCGCCAGACGGCGGCAACUUCUCAUGCCCUAUCUGUACCGAUGAUUUUAUCAAGGGCCAAGACCUGCGCGUCCUCCCCUGCAACCAUCAGUUCCACCCCGAGUGUAUUGAUCCGUGGCUGGUGAACGUGUCCGGCACAUGUCCCCUCUGCCGCAUCGAUCUCAACCCGCCGAAGACGGAGGUAAAUGCCGAGCACGAUGGUGAGCAUGCCGACCAGCACCACGAAGAGAACCCAGCCGAGGGAUCCCAAAACAACCGCCAUUCCCACCACCGCCUCACCAACUACCUGCACGGCCCCCUCAACGCCCGGCGCAUGCGCAAUGCCACCGUGGAAGAACGCCUCGCCGCCCUCCGCCAUGUCCGCGAGACCAACCAAGGCGAACCCGCCGACGGCGAUGCGGCGGCUCGACCCAACCGCAGCCGCCUCACCGGCCGGCUGCGCGACCGGUUCCGAAUCCGUACGCACGCGCACGGCGACAGCAGCCCGGUCGAAAGCGGGGCGGCAACGCCUACGCUGCCCGCGCCCGCCCAUACCGCUGGCCCGUCGGCCGCGGACUCCCAUGAUUAA